AUGGCACCAAAGGCAGGAAAGAAACCAGCAGAGAAGAAACCCGCCGCCGCCGCAGAGAAGCCAGUGGAGGAAGAGAAGGUAGCCGAGAAAGCUCCGGCGGAGAAGAAACCCAAGGCCGGGAAGAAGCUACCGAAGGAAGCCAUCGGCGCAACGGACAAGAAGAAGAAGCGCAGCAAGAAGAGCAUCGAGACGUACAAGAUCUACAUCUUCAAGGUGCUCAAGCAAGUCCACCCCGACAUCGGAAUCUCAAGCAAGGCGAUGGGGAUUAUGAACAGCUUCAUCAACGACAUCUUCGAGAAGCUUGCUCAGGAAGCGUCGAAACUCGCAAGGUACAACAAGAAGCCGACGAUUACUUCUCGCGAGAUCCAGACAGCUGUUAGGCUUGUUCUCCCUGGUGAGCUCGCCAAGCACGCCGUGUCUGAAGGGACAAAGGCUGUGACUAAGUUUACUAGCUCUUGAAUGAAAUCUUGUGUUAGGGUUGAUGAAUCUCUGGAUGAUUUAGUUCGCUUUUGCGUUUGUCUUUUGGUAAUAGUGUAAGAACAUAUUAUGGUAUUAUUAAUCGUCUCUUUUGAAGUAUUUUGUAUUCGUGGUUAACUUUACCUUUCUUUUGGUUAACAGAUAUAAUCAUUUUCUGAUGCAAUAGUUUGAUUCAUUUGUUCUGAAAGUUAUUGU